AUGCGUAUAUUCUUCGGAUUGUUCGUCUUUUCGGUUUUCCUUGUACCUUACGUGGUAAGUUUGAAAUUGGGACAGAAAAGAUUUUGAUUUUUUGCUCCCAUAAGAAGAUUCCUUACGAAAACACCUAUAUCCAUUAAAUUUUCAAGUACUGUGCAUGAAAUUCUAGCGUUUUAGUGAUAUUUUUUUGGAAAAAAAGUAAAAAGCUCUUUUUUUAAAGAAUCUAAUCUCAGGAGACAUUCGGCCCAUUGGUCACAGCUCUCGAUUCAUUUUUAGACUUUAUGCGGAAUUCUCUGGGCGCUCCACCAAAGGUCAGUUUCAGACGAAGAAAAAAUAAAAAGGAAUUUUUGACUUAGAGUUCGGAAAAACCUCGAAUCGUGGAGAUGAGACAGUAUCCACAUGGUCCACAACUAAAAAAAGACCAAAAUGUUCGUCCGCCAGAAAAUUAUCCAGUUAAAGGAGUAAAGGUGAGUCUUAUAACUGCUGAAUCACCGUUGGCCUAGAAAAAAGGGUCCUGACACGAUAAAAAAUGAAAUAGCGCCCGGUUGGUGGAGAGCGCAGACAGGCCACGCCCUUUAGAGUCCCAAGCUUGGUUUUAAUCGGCUAUAUUUUAAAAAAUCAAGUAUCUGCGCUCCAUGGAUAAUCAGUUUCUGUAUGAUCCCGUUGCUUUGAUUUUAAAUCCUUUUGUCGCAUUUGGAAUGGCUGAAGGCGGCGCGGUUGGAUUUAUCAAGCUUUUGAGAGCGCGUGCGCAAGCCGCUUUACAGUCGGGCGCAAAAUAUAAAGACCACUUGGCGAUAGUUACAAAAAAAUGGAGGGGCAUUCAAAUUUGUAAAAUUCUGACUUUUUCAGGACAUCCUGCAACUUUCAAUCUUCUCAGCGAUUGUCAUUAUAAAUCUGUUUGCUUUUUUUGAGUGA